AUCAGCUGUUUGAUAUCCAAUUGGAACUUCUGAUUAGAUUUUUCACGACGCUGGGCUUUUUGCCAAUUAAGCUGAGAGAUAAUGGCACCACCAUCGGCACGAGCUCGAUACAUUGCCAACAAAGCAGACAAAGCCUUGACAAAGCCACCCAAGCGACUGGGUCUCAAUGGCAACAACAAGGACGCCGCCCCGACCGGCAACAAAAAGGAAAAAGAGUCCAAAAAGCGAAAGCAAACCACAGGCAAUGCAAUGCCGGAGGCGAGCAAUGCAAAUCCGAUCACGCCCAGUGUCGGGCUGGACACGGCAUUCAAGACAUUCGUGAGUGCUCGCCUGUGCAGCGCCAUUUGGGCGUACAUUGCCGACUGCGAUGAGACGUUCAACUACUGGGAGCCGCUGCACUACAUCAUCAACGGGCACGGCCUGCAGACGUGGGAAUACAGUCCGGAAUUCGGUCUGCGCUCGUACACCUAUCUGCUGCUGCAGGGUGUGCCCGGCUACUUCUACCAGAAGAUCUUCAAUCCCAGUCCCAUACUCAUCUUCUACAUGGUGCGCUGCAUGCUGGGCUUUGGCUGUGCGGUCAUGGAGCGGUUUAUGUACAAAUCGAUUUGUCAGGAGUUUGGCAUACACAUUGGACGCCUUUGGCUGAUCUUCCAGCUGUUCAGUGUGGGCAUGUUCGUGUCCAGCACGGCGCUGCUGCCCUCCUCGUUCUCCAUGUACUUUGGCUGCUCCGCUCUGGCCGCCUGGUGGCAGCAACACUACAGCCUGGCCAUUUUCUUCACAGCCAUCUCGGCGCUGCUCGGUUGGCCUUUUGCCGCACUGAUUGGAGUGCCGCUGGUGCUGGAAAUGCUGCUGCGACAGCGCGACUGGAAGACCUUUGUCCAGUGGUCCCUGAUUUCGGGUGCGACAGUGGCCAUUCCCAUGAUCGCCAUCGAUACGAGCUACUUUGGCAAGCUGACCUUCGCGCCGCUGAACAUCGUCUGGUACAACGUCUUCACCAGCCAUGGACCCAACAUUUUUGGCACUGAACCCAUCAGCUAUUACAUUUUGAAUGGUUUCCUCAACUUUAACAUCAUUUGGCUGCUGGCAUUGCAGCUGCCCAUCAUGCUGGUGCUGGACUAUCUGAUUGUGCCCGCCAAGUCCAAGUCAACGCUCAACUUCCCCCACUACAUCUCACUGGCGCCGCUGUACCUGUGGCUGCUGGUCUUCUUCGCCCAGCCGCACAAGGAGGAGCGCUUCCUGUUCCCCGUGUAUCCGCUGAUCUCGCUGUGCGGCGCCAUCACCGUGGAUGUGUACCAGCGCAUCUUCUUCCGCUUCAAGAUGCUGAUAUUCAAGAUCAAGGCGGGCGUCCACUACCUCGACCACACCAUGUUCAUUGCCAUCAUUGUGAUGGUGGCCAGCACACUGUUGGGGCUGUCGCGCGUCUUUUCCCUGUACCGCAACUACCAUGCACCGAUGGACCUGAUGCUGGAGCUGAAUCAGUUCAAGGUGACGCCCCAGUACAAUCCGCAUCAGAUCUACAAUGUGUGCAUUGGCAAGGACUGGCACCGCUACCCGGGCAGCUUCUUCUUCCCGGCCCGCAACUUCCGUUUGCGUUUCCUCAAGUCCGAGUUCCGCGGCAUGCUGCCCGCCUACUACGUGGACGGGCCGAAUGCCACCCAAGUGGUGCAUCCCUACUUCAAUGAUCUCAACCAGGAGAACGAGCACAUGUACUUUGACUACGAUCGCUGCGACUUCCUGGUGGACUUUGAUGAGGGCAAGUACACGGCGCUGGAGCCGAGCUACUCGAAGCGCACCAAAGACUGGUCCAUCAUGAAGAGUCUGCCGUUCCUCAUACCCGAAAAGUCGCACCAGCUGCUGCGCGCCUUCUACGUGCCAUUCCUCACCGACAAUCACAUCCAGUACGGCGACUUUAAUUUACUCAAACGCAAAACCAAACGCAAUGCCAAUGCCAAUAGCAAUGGCAGGUAGGAAACGGAUUGGAUUGGAUCGGAUUGAGCAA